AUGCCUGACAUACCCGUCGGCGCACAGAUCUUCGACCUCCUCUUCCACCCCACAGAAAACGUCGUCUACACCGCUCUGCUCACAGGCCAUCUCAAGGCCUUCACCUAUGACGAACAGGGCCAACACGCUCCCGCCUUUGCCCUCCCUCUCUCAAAACGAUCCUGUCGAUGUCUGAGCUCGACCAAGGACGGAUCACGUCUCUGGGCAGCUGGCAAGGCCAAGUCCAUCUUCACGAUCGACACAGCCACCGGUGCGCUCUCUGAGACGCGCAAAGCUGCCCAUCCCUCGCCCAUAAACCGCAUAAAACGCACCAUGCCACAUUGUUUUGCCACCGGCGACGACGACGGCCUCAUCAAGCUGUGGGACGAUCGCCAGAACGACGCGAUCCGCGAAUACCCACACCACUUUGACUUUAUUUCGGACUUCCUCUGGCUCGAGGACAAAAAACACCUCGUCGCAACAAGUGGCGAUGGAACUCUAUCAGUGAUUGAUGUGCGUGGAAAGAAGGCUGAGCCGUUUGCCCAGUCCGAGGAUCAAGAGGAUGAACUGCUUUCGAUCGUCCCUAUUCGCAACAAAACAAAAAUCGUCAUCGGCACACAAACCGGCAUCCUCUCGAUCUUCAACCGCACGCACGGCUGGGCAGACUGCGUCGACCGCGUGCCGGGGCACCCGUCGUCCAUCGACGCCCUAUGCGCGCUCCCCUCGCGCUACCCGUCCGCGCACUCGACGGUGCUCACGGGCUCGUCGGAUGGGCUGGUCAGGGCCGUGCAGCUGUUCCCGACGAAGCUGCUUGGGGUCGUGGCGGACCAUGGGGAGGCGCCGGUGGAGAGGAUUGCGGUGGAUAGGGGCGGGGAGGGGAUUUGGGUGGGGAGUGCGGGGCAUGAGGAGGUGUUGAAGAUGACGGAUCUGAGGGAGGUGUUUGAGGACGAGGACGGGGGUGCCAGCUCGGAUGCGGAUGCGGAUGCGGAUGCGGAUGCGGAUGCGGAUGCGGAUGCGGAUGCGGAUGCGGAUGCGGAUGCGGAUGCGGAUGCGGAUGCGGAUGCGGAUGCGGUGGGCGAUGAUUCUGAUAAGGAGGGAGAGGAGGGAAGUACGGUUGGUGUUGGCGAGAAGAAGCAGAUGUUGAAAGGGAAGCACAAGGCCAAGGAAGAUGUAGAAGAGUCUGGCUCGGACUCGGACUCGAACUCAGACUCAGACUCAGAAGAAGCAGACGCAGAAGCAUACCCCGAAACCGUGGGUGAUGGCGACGCUGGCUCGGACUCGGAUGCGGAGGGCCCGAGCGCUGGGGACAAGAAGCGCAAGCGCGGGGAGAACGACCCGCUUGCUGGUCGUCGUAAGAAGGGAAGAAACGAGAUGGACGCGGAGAAGGGGUUCUUUACGGGGCUCUAG